GAGCGGAAUGAAUGAGACGGGCCAGAAAAAACGACGACAAAAGCUAAAAAGUGCAUCAGCCCAUUCAGAAAAAUGUGUCAAACUAACCGAUAUGUUAAUUACCACAGUAACUUUGACCGUUACAGGAGAUUCAGUUGGACAAGGAGAAGAAAGUAGCGAGUCAGAGAGAGAGAGAGUCAGGGGCUUUAUUAUCGUCGAGGAGGAUGAGAGAGAGAAAGAUGACCAGGGACAGGUUGAGGAAGAGUUCAGUCCGUCCACGGUCACGUGGUGUCGCAUCCUUCCAGUGGGCAGACUGGCGUGUCUUUACUGGGUUACGGAACCGCGGAGCAGUCGGGCUGGUUCCGCGCAUAGCCGCGGGAUACAUCGGCUCUUUCCGCCUCUGCAGCCGGACUGCUGCGCUGCCACGGUGCAGGUUAUGCCACCCCAAAGGAUUCCUGGACCCCCUGCGGUGAAAGAGAAGGGCUGAUCCCGUCCUUCUCCAGGUUCCCUCAGUUUCCCACCCGAUCCGUUCCCUCCUCCGCCCAUGGCGCUAACCGUACCUUCCCUUCAGUCCUAACCCCGUUAAACUCUUCCAUCACCCUACAAAGGUUCCUGCCUUUAGCUUCUCUACAUUAGCAUUCGGCCGUGUUAGCUAGCCUGCGAGUCGAGACCCUUCCUGUUGGCUGCCGGUUUGGACUCAUGGCUACUGGAGGUCAUGAUGUUCUGGUUAACCUACAACAGGUGGAGGAUCAGGAUGCAGCUGAGGAGGAAGAGGAAGAGGAGGAGAGCUGGGAGAAGGCUCUGUCUGUGGAGCGCUUCAGAGACAUCAUCGGAGAUUCAGCGUCCUGCAGCGCCGAGCGAAUGGGCCGCCUUUACACCGAGAAGGACUUUGAGUAUCACAGACACGCGUUUCUGCACACACACCACCCGUUAUCCACUCACAUGCCCGCGCCGCAGCGCAAGCGGCCGCACGGCGCCGACCGCAGGCACAGGAAGAAACGCAAGAAAAAAAAAACCUCGCUGCCACCCUCCAACGUCACGCCCACCAUCCAGGAAGUAGACGAGGAAGAGGCGGAGUCUGAUGCCAACGGACGCCUGGCGACCGCCACGCCGACCGAGUUCCCGGACAUCCAGCCGCAGUUUAGUUUUGGGAGCCAAGAGGACUUGGAGGAACCGUCACGACUCGCUGCCGUCCUCGAGGAAAACGAAAAGCGUUCCGCUUCCAGCAAAAUGGCGCUCACGCUGACAAAGGAGGCGGCGAAUAACGGCAGAACCGCGGAGAAAGAUGGAGGACGAGCAGCUUCCCGAAGUGCGUCAGAAGAGUCGGAAGCCGUCAGUCCGGCGCCAAGCCGCGGCUGGCUACGGCGGAAAGCCGUCCACCAUCGGCUACCGGCCGCCCAGCGCAGCAACUACGACCUGCGGGAGCGGCUCUGCAUCGGCAGCAUGACCGCCAUUGAGGCCGCCGUUUACCAGCAGGUGCCCACCGACGAGGCCGAGGCCCAGAUGUUGGUCAGCGCUGACCUGGAUGACAUGAAAAGCCACAGGUUUGAGGACAACCCUGGGGUUCGGCGCCACCUGGUGAAGAAAUCCUCGCGUUGCCAGAUGUCGCGGUCCAGCAUGAGCUCCACGCCGCUGUCCAGUCUGAAGAAGAAGAAGCGAGCGGCGGAUAAGAAGACCCACGAGCUGUUUGUGGAGCUCAACGAGCUCAUCGUGGACAAAGACCAGGAGAUGCGCUGGAAGGAGCGAGCGCGUUGGAUCAAGUUUGAGGAGGACGUGGAGGAGGAAACGGACCGCUGGGGAAAACCUCAUGUGGCGUCGCUGUCGUUCCGGAGCCUGCUGGAGCUUCGCCGCACCAUCACACACGGCGCCGUCCUUCUGGACCUGGAGCAGAACACUCUGCCCGGCAUCGCCCACCUGGUGGUGGAAACCAUGAUCAUCUCCGAUCAGAUCAGAGCGGAGGACCGGCCCAGCGUCCUGCGAGCGCUGCUUCUCAAACACAGCCACCCGAGCGACCUGAAGCACCGUUUUCACCGCCACCAGUCAUCAGCCAGUCUCCACGGCAGCUUCAACCACAACCACGUCCAGGAGACGAGCCGGCCCCUAGUGGCCGAGGAGAACGACGACAAGGGGCCGGUGUAUGACCCGAAGCAGGACGUCUUCGUCAGCCUCUUUAAAUCCCUCCACCCUGUGCCUCCAGAGCAUCAUCCAGCCGCUGCCAGGUCCCUCAAGCUGCUCGCCAAGAUUCCCAAAGACGCCGAAGCCGUCAUUGUUCUAGUUGGAUCGGUGGAGUUCCUGGAGCAGCCCGCCAUGGCCUUCGUCCGGCUGAGCGAGGCGGUCCUCCUGGAGUCCGUGCUGGAGGUUCCCGUCCCCGUCCGGUUUCUCUUCGUCCUGCUCGGACCCAGCCAGUCCAACGUGGACUACCACGAGAUCGGACGCUCCUUCGCCACGCUAAUGUCUGAAAAGAACUUCCAUGAGGUGGCGUACUUCGCAGACGACAGGCAGGACCUUCUGAACGGCAUCAACGAGUUCCUGGACUGCAGCAUCGUCAUCCCGCCGUCGGACGUGGAGGGCAAAGACCUGCUGAAGACGGUGGCCGACUUCCAGAAGCAGCUGCUGCGCAAGAGGAGGGAGCGAGAAGGCAAGAAGCUCCAGUCUGUUCACGGAGCGGAGCAGGACAGCAAAGCCGAGGCGAGUCCAGAGGAAGAGGAGGAGGCGGAACAGGAAGUGGACCCUCUGAAGCGCUCAGGCGUCCCGUUCGGGGGCCUGAUCCACGACGUGCGCCGCCGCUACCCGCAGUACGUCAGCGACCUGCGGGACGCUCUGGACACGCAGUGCGUCGCCGCCGUCAUCUUCAUCUACUUCGCCGCGCUGUCGCCCACCAUCACGUUCGGAGGCCUGCUGGGGGAGAAAACCGAAGGCCUGAUGGGCGUGACCGAGCUCAUUGUUUCCACAGCGACGCUGGGGAUUAUCUUCUCCCUGCUGGCCGGUCAGCCGCUCCUCAUCAUCGGCUUCUCCGGACCGCUGCUGGUGUUCGAAGAGGCUUUCUACAAGUUCUGUCAGGCGUAUGACUUUGAGUACCUGACCGGCCGCGUCUGGAUCGGCUUCUGGCUCAUCUUCAUCGUUCUGGUGAUGGUGGCGGCAGAGGGAAGUUUCCUGGUCCGCUACAUCUCACCGUUCACCCAGGAGAUCUUCGCCUUCCUCAUUUCCCUCAUCUUCAUCUAUGAAACCUUCUCCAAGCUCAUCAAGGUGUUUAAGGAGCAUCCGCUGAUGGCGGUUUACCCUUUGGACUCCACCAUGGACGUAGACGGUCCAGUCCUCAACCAGCCCAACACGGCCCUCCUGUCCCUGGUGCUCAUGAUGGGAACCUUCUUCGUUGCUUUUUUCCUCAGGAAGUUCAGAAACAGUCGCUUUCUGGGCGGAAAGGCUAGAAGAAUUAUCGGCGACUUCGGGAUUCCCAUCUCCAUCCUGCUGUCCGUACUGGUGGAUGUCUCCAUUCCUGACACCUACACUCAGAAACUCAAUGUGCCGUCUGGGUUUUCCGUCACGUCUCCCGACAAGAGAGGCUGGCUCAUCAGUCCGUUCGGAGACAAGCAGCCGUUCCCAACAUGGAUGAUGGGAGCGUCCGUCGUUCCCGCUCUCCUCGUCUUCAUCCUCAUCUUCAUGGAGACGCAGAUCACCUCGCUGAUCGUCAGUAAGAAGGAGCGCCGCCUGAUGAAAGGCUCCGGCUUCCACCUGGACCUGCUGCUCAUCGUCGUGCUCGGUGCCGUCUGCCCGCUCUUCGGCCUGCCGUGGCUCACCGCCGCCACGGUGCGCUCCGUGACGCACGUCAACGCGCUGACGGUGAUGAGCAAAGCCACGGCGCCCGGCGAGAAGCCCAUGAUCCAGGAGGUGAAGGAGCAGCGGCUGACCGGCCUGCUGGUGGCGGUGCUGGUCGGCAUGUCCAUCGUGAUGACCGACGUCCUGCGCCACAUCCCGCUCGCCGUCCUCUUCGGCAUCUUCCUCUACAUGGGCGUCACCUCGCUGACCGGCAUCCAGCUCUACGAACGAAUCACGCUCAUGGUGACUCCCGCCAAGCACCACCCGGACCACAUCUACGUCACCAAGGUGAAGACGUGGCGUAUGAACAUGUUCACCGCCAUCCAGCUGGCCUGCAUCGUGGCGCUGUGGGUGGUGAAGUCCACCGUGGCGUCGCUGGCCUUCCCCUUCAUCCUCAUCAUGACCGUGCCGCUGCGCCGCCUCGUCCUCUCCAGGAUCUUUGAGGAGCGCGAGCUGCAGGCGCUGGACUGCGAUGAAGACUCCCCCAACUUUGACGAAGACGGGCGAGACGAAUACAACGAGAUCCACAUGCUCGUCUGAAGAGCAGAACCCGGUUCCUCCUGCGGCGCCGCCGGUCCGAAGCACACGGACAGAACCGCGUCACGCGCUGGAUGAAGACGAACCUCGGCUCCGUUUUCACCCAGAAAUCAGACGCUUCAACGUUUCUGGAUCCUUUUGUCCCUUUAAGUUCUCUGCAGGUCUGGGGAAAAGUGCAAUGGGGAAACAAACAUGAUUUAUUUUCUUCUUGGAAGGAGAAAUCAGAGCUGCCUGUAGUUGAGCUCCGUACUGCCGUGAUCACUUUCACUUUUAGAAACCAAGUUCUGCAGCUGAACUUCCUGUCCGUCUUUAAAUGUCGUUUUCUGGUGGAAACUCAGAGGGAAUCUGUUAGCAGUUCGACUCCUGAACGUAUAAAUAUAGAACUCACACCCACCAACCUUCACUUUCUACUCUGUUUAUUUUCUGUUGAUUUUGUGUAAAAUUCAGUCAAAAUCUGAAUUGUGUGGAAGGACAGAAAGAGCGAAAAGUUACUGGGACAAAAAAGACUGAUUUUUAAAUUCAAUCUGUUGUUGCAUAACUGUUCUGUAAAGGUUUUGGUGGGAAUUUAGUGGAUUAAGUCACAAUAUUUCUGCUUUACAGUGACCUUUAUAUUCUGAUCUUUUAAUCUAUUUUUAAAAAAUCUGGUUCAGAAAGACGGCGUUGUAUUAAUACCACAGUAGAUGGAGAAAAAGCACAUUUCUGUCAAAAAAUGAAGAGAUUUGGAGAUCUGGGAUUGGAAAUUUUUCAGUUUUUUUCUACCAAAAAAAAAAAUUUUUUUUCAAGCAAAUUUUUGACUUUUUCAGAUUUUCAAACAUCAAAAUUCGUCGACAUUUGAAAAUUUUGAGAUUUAUUUAAACAUUUUUGCAUUUUUUUUUCCAAGAAAAUUUUUGACUCUUCAAACUCAGAAUUUAAAAAAAAAUAAUUUCAGAAAUCUUCUAGAAAUUUUUUUACAUUUCUGAGUUUAAAAAGUUAAAAAUUCUCAACUUAAUACUCAGAAAUUUACAUUUUUGUAGAAAAUUUCAGAGAUUAAUCUCAAAACUUCUGGAUUUUUUGGUGAACAUUUCCUCCUGGUUUUUGUGUCCAACACGCCCUCAUGCAAAGAACUCGUUGCACAACUUGAGAAGCAGUUGCAGUUCUGCUGUUUUUACUAAUCACUUGAUGUAAUGUUACGAAAAAAGCCAUGUCAGCAGAAAAUCGUAAUGAGCAUCAGGACCUGCUCCAGGACGUUAGCCUGAGCGGCUAACUGCAAGCUGCUUCGCUACAACCUUCUACACAAUUUCAACAAGAGAAUGUCAAUAUGAUGGCUAAUAUGCUAAUGUUUUCUUUGCUAGCACAAAUUAACCAGUUAGCUCCGAGUUGCAGCAAAGUUAGCAGGUUGAAAACAGGAAGUAGUGCCUCAGAUCAGGACGUUAUUUCAUUGGUUCUUCAUACUGUGACCCUAUGAUCUGAAACCCAGCAGCUUUUUGGAUAGCUAGUAAUGCUAAUGUUAGCUAAUGUGCUAACACUGGCAUUGCUAAUAAGGUUCAGCUGAACACAACAAUCCCAGCUAACUUAUUAUUAUUAUCCCAGUCUGUGAUAGUAAUUAAUGUUUGUUUCUUUCUCUGUGGAAAAUCUACAAAUUACUGAAUAUUUAAAGUUAUUUUCUGCUCUGACUCUUUCUGAACUCUUUAACAACCCAGAUUUCGCUCAAAUCAAACAUAUUGUCUCAUAAAGACGUUGUGUGUCUUUACUGCCCUCCUUCAUUUGAGCCUGCAGGGUUUCUGUCUCAGGGGAAACUGACCUUUGCUCUGUAAAUACUCCCAGCACCAGUCGGACCGUUUGUGUACAUAAAGUGAGCGAUGACCAGAUUAAAGAGGCAACGUUUCGCCGUUUCCUGUGAAGUGAGGCAUGGCGGUUUAUGACUGAUCUUUGCAGCGGAGCUCAGACCUGCCGCGGCGUGCGUUCGCUGGAAACGAGCCGCUCCGUAUCGGACCUCACCGGGUUCCUCCCGUUCUGCUCAUCACAGCUUAAUGUCACUUUUCUGGAAGUUAAAUCACAUUUCAGCUGCAUCCAGGCCUCCUGCCCCUCAUUUAAAAACAUCCAGAAGCUUUUAAACAAACUGGCUUCAUUUGUAAUUAUUAGUUUAAUGUUUAAAUCUGAACUUUUCUCAGAUAAAUGAAAACUAGCAGCUAAAUCUCUGUUUGAAAUUAAAGUCUGUGUAAAUUGUUACAUAAAAGUAGAACAUUUUAUAGGAAAUAUUCAGUUAUUUCAUGUUUUUCUUUGUUUUUAAGAUAUUUUUCAUUUAAAAAAACUAAUAUGCAAAUCUUUUUAUUAAAUUAGAAAAUGAUUAAAUUGUUUAUUUUAGUAGUCAGUAAAAUAUUGAAUAUAAAUAUUACAGCCCACAAGUUGCAGCCGGGGAGUUUCAGGGCCAAAGUCUAAGUUUUUAAAAAAAUUUAAUUAUAAAGACACAAAAAAUGGUUUUAUUGAGAAAAGGCGUUAUUAAAAUCUGAUGUUUUUUUU